AUGACGAAUCCAGCAAAGGGUCCAGUAGGGAUGCCAGCACCAAAGACAAAGAUGACAGCAGCGCAGAAGAAAAAGGCAGACAAAGAAGAAUUACUACAGGAAGAAGCAAGACAAGAAAGACAGCGAAAACAAGAAGUGGAGGAGAGCGUUCAAAUUGAUCGAGACGCGAAAGCAAAGCAGGAUGAAGAGGAAGGCAGUGACGUCGGCCGAAUCUUCAAUAACGCGGAUCGAAGAGAACAUAGUGAUUACUGGCUAGCUCAUCAAGCUGUUCAUUUUGGAAUGUCGGAACAGUUGAGUGAGGAACAAGCAGCUCUUGCCGAGGCGUCGAAGCAGGACCACAUGGCUGGACACACCGGUGAAUCCGCAGAACAAAAUCCGGUUGAUCAGCACGGCGAAUCAUCAAUGCAACAAAGCGAGAGACCAACAACCCCAACAGGAUUUGUGAUGCAAGGCACAGGUCAAGAAUCGGACGGAUCGGUGGAUGAUCAAUUUUUCGAUGCAUGGCAACAACGGAGCCCAAAUCGCGUAAACGAUGACUUCACUCUACAAGAUGAGUUCCAACAAUUCAACGUAUCCAUGAAGCAUCAGAAAUUGCAAACGGAUGAUGUCAUCAAGCUAUCGCUCGAUGACAUAAAGAAGCUUGGUAAACCUUGGGCUGGGUCCGCAAAAGAGACUUCUCUGUGUUGGAUUAUUCUCAAUGAUUUACCGGAUUGUGUCGAUCCACUUGCUUAUGCCACUCUAGACUUAGCACAGUUGCGAUUGGCAGAGCUUAAGUUGUGUCAUCACGGUUAUCUCCAAAUUAAGUGUCUCGCUGUCCGCGGUGGAAACAUCUCCACACUUGAAGACACGAGAGCCUCGAGUUUGCAAAAAGCUAGGCGAAUUCUCGAAAAGAACCCCUUGAAUGAUUUACCUGAGCCUGGACCAAAGGCGGUUGAGGCUGCUCCCGCGGACUGGGCUGAUAGGGAAGACGAGACAUUUCUUAAUCUGAACCAUAUCAAGAAGAAGAGAAAGCCGAGAAGAAAGGCAUUGCCAAAAAUAGAAGAAAUUGUCUCAGACAUCGAGGAGGUUGAAGAUGCAAAUGCCCCAGCUGAGGCUUCUGCCAAAGGAGUAAAGCCAAAAAAAAAGGAUGGAAGCGCGGCCAAGGCUGGUGAAGUUGAUUCUGAAGCCAUUGAAAAUGAUGUUGUUGUCGUUGCGGGGGCCGUUGAAGUUCCCAAAAAGGCAGUAAAACCUAGAGCAAAGAAGGGAAAGGCGACGGCCAAGGCUGUUGAGGUUGAUUCCGAAGCCAUUGGUGAUGAUGAGACCGUCCAGGCUCCAGCUCAAGCUCCUGUUAAGGUAACAAAGUCAAGAGCGAAAAAGGCAAAGGCUGCUGACACUCCUGAGGUUGGUCUAGAGCUUGCUAACAAUGAUGAAGCUAUCCAGGGGCCCGUUGAGGCUCCUAGAAAGAUGCUCAAGCCUAGAGCUAAGAAAACCAAGGCGGUUAAGUUUGUUGAAAUUGACUCUGACGCCGAUAACGACGAUGAAGAUAAUGAUGAAUUUAAAGUUCCUAAGAAUCCAUCAAAUGAAGGAAAGUCUCCAGUCGCCGCGGUUAAGAAGCCAGCUGCAAAGCAGAGAGCAGUAGCCAAUAAAACCCAGGCUCAAGAUGACGAAGAUGAGGAUGAUGAUGUUCCCAAGAUUACAAAGUCACGCCCCAUCAGAUCAAGAGCAGCUUCAAAGGCAGUCGUAAUCGCUGACAGUGAUGACGAUGACGAUCAGGAAGGCCAAGUAAAACCCAGUAAGAACAAGCCAGUAGCCAGAAAAGUCGCCACGAAGAGUCAGAAGAAAGUCGAAACCGAACUUCCCGAACACGUUAAGACUCUUCUUAACAACACAGGCACAUUUUUGGCGGGCAAAACAUUUGUCGUUUCUGGAACUCUCCCUACUAUCGGCCGCAUAAACAUCGAAAAGCUGUCAAGGCUGUAUGGUGCCAAAACAUCAAGAGCCAUUACCAAGGCGACCACAGAUGUUGUUUUGGGCGAGAAUCCUCUCGCUAAGCAAGAGAAAGAGCUCAAGGAACUCCGUCCUAACACUAUGAAUGUUGAUGCGUUCAUCACUAUGCUGAUGUCGUUGUCGAGUGAUAACAAGAAUCCUGUCGGCGAUAAUGAUGGCAAUGCUGCUGCUGCUGUUGACGAUGAUGAUGAUGAUGGCGAAGAAGAGAUUGAGGACCAGCCCCCUGCAAAACGAGCUAAGCUAGGUGUGGGUCUCAGCUCCGGCUCUUCUGCACUUGCUUAA